AGAAAGCCGCCGUAUUAAUCUGGUCUCAGAAUAACCUCCGUCCUGCGAGAACGCCCCGAGCUCUGCGGGAUCCUGCUGGAAUGGAGACGUCCUUUCCCGAGUUGAUUGGUCGAAGGGCGGCGCUCUUAUGUAUUUCAAACUGAUAGCGUGAACAUGACCUUGCGGAACCGGUUAGUCGUGCAGUGUAAGUUACCAUGGCUACAUACGCCGAUUUAAAGUGAGCUAGCUUCACGAUACGGAGAACCCAGGGUUAAAUCUGAAGUUAGCUCACUAGCCCUAUAAUCUCGCUUCCUACUACACCCCUCAGUAAAAGGCGAAGUGUAAAUUCCAGCGCUGAUUUUUUUCCUGUUGGUGAGUGAUAAGAAACGCGUGGGUUUUACAGUUUCAGCAAUCGGAGGGCAACCCCAAAGCACUAUAUUUCUACACGCUGGCAGGUUGGUUCAUUGAUCCUGCAUAACUCAUGCACAGCGUCGUUCCACCGACAGAAACCACCUCGGACCCCGUUGUUUUUCUACAGUAAUUACAAUGAAGUUUCGUACUAAAAUCCUGGCACUCGGCGUAGCCGCGGCGCUGAUGGCGUUCAGUUGGAGAGACACGUUUGUCCCCGAAUCCCUUCGAGGGGCGAGGGUGCUGGUGACGGGGGCCAGCACGGGAAUCGGGGAGCAGAUGGCCUAUCACUACGCCCGCUUUGGCGCCCAGAUCGUCAUUACCGCCAGGAGAGAGAACGUCCUGAAGAAAGUAGCGGAGAAGUGCCUGGAGCUCGGGGCACAGAAGGCCUUGUACGUGCCCGCCGAUAUGGGCGAUACCUCAGACCCUGAAAAGGUGGUGGAGUUUGCCGUGGAAGCGCUAGGGGGACUGGACUACCUGGUGCUGAACCACAUUGGACCCAGCCCAUUCGCAAUGUGGGACCAUGACGUGGAGCACGUCCGGUGGCUAAUGCAGGUGAACUUCCUUAGCUACGUGCAAAUGACCUCCUCUGCCCUGCCCCACCUGGAGAAAAGCGGGGGAGUCGUCGUUGUGGUUUCCUCCAUGUUGGGGAAGAUGUGCAACCCGUUCGUGGCGCCCUACUCCGCCACCAAGUUCGCCCUGAGCGGCUUCUUCGGCACCAUGCAGCACGAGCUGGCCAUGCAGCGCAAGAACGUCACGGUGACCAUCAGCGUCCUGGGGCUGAUCGACACGCAGUCCGCCAUGGAAAAAAUCAAAGGGUACACCAACAUGACGGCCUAUCCCGCCGCCGACGCCGCGCUGCACGUGGUGAAAGCCGGUGCCACCCGGCAGAGGGAGUCCUUCUACCCCCUCUACGCCUAUUUCGCCUGCCUCUUCCGCGACUGGUUCCCCUUCUUCAGGGACCUGACCAUCCAAAACUUCUACACCUAUGAGCCAUAACUGUCUUACAUGCUGGAAGAAAAUAUUCCUGCUUCAGCAUCGAAUGCCUUAUUUAGAUUUUAUGUCUUUGUUGUGCUGAUAUUGAGCCGAAGGGAUUGAUGCUGGGAAAAGAGAGGCCUUGUGUGCUGUUUGGUUUGUCAUUAAUACAGAUACCUUUGACCUUUGCCCUUUGCUCUCAUCCAGGCAUGUUGUGCUGACUGAGUCUGAUAAGGAGCACAAGAGAUAAUCUACUGGAUGAAAGAUAUGCAACCUCUGCCUUAGUCAGAUGUCAGUUGUAGUUCCCGUUGUAUUGGCACACAAACAACUGCGAACGCAGUUUUCAUAUAGGCCAAGGUGUUACACCAUGUGAACAUGAUGCUUUUCUUAUGUACUGUAUUAUCUACAUAGAACACUGUUGUAAGCAACUAUCCAGAUAUGGAAAUAUUAAAUGCCAUUUUACGUAUGUUUUAUAA